CCAGCUCCCCGGUGCCGUCACGUCGGAUCAGCUGUUGGCUCUUUUUUUUUUUCCUUUUUACCGGUUUCCUGUCAAACAAACUCCUCAACAUCCCAACAUGUAGAAGCAUCUGGAUGUGUGGAUAAACGGCAGCUUCAGCAGGCAUCGCAGGGAGGCGGCUGUUCAGGAGAGCAACAGGUGUCCUACCGUCGGCAGGUAAAGGAGCUGACCCUCCCGCCUAUCAGCUCUCAUUCUCCUCUAACACCUAUAAUCUGCUGUGGUUUAGCUCAUAACAGAAGAAAUGUCUGCUGACAUCCUGCAGCGACUCAGCACCUUGACGCUGAAUGUCAAGCAACUCGGCAGACUCCCUCACCUCUCGGACUUCCUCCCUUCCUCCCUGCCAUCACCCUGCCCUACUGUCACCGCCUCUCAAGUCCCUGCUCUGUUCCGAGAGCCCUACAUCCUGUCGGGCUACCGCCCCGUCCAGCAGGACUGGCGCUGCUACCUCCUGAGCCUCUUCCAGUGCCACAAUGAAUCCUUGAACGUGUGGACUCACCUGCUGGCAGCUCCAGUGCUGCUGCUCCUGUGGUGGGCCAAUGUGGGCGCCCUGGGGUACACCCUGGAUGUGGCCUCCAUGCCUCUCACCCUCUUUCUGCUGUCUUCUCUUACAUAUCUGUUCCUCAGUGUGGCAGCUCACCUCCUGCAGUCUCACUCUGAGCAUGCCCACUACUACGUCUUCUUUUUGGACUAUGUGGGUGUAGCUGUGUAUCAGUAUGGCUGUUCGCUCGGCCAUUACUUCUACUCGUCGGAUUUGGCAUGGAGAGAAUGUAUUGGGAUGUUUUUUCUGCCUGGAGCUGCCUUCUUUGGGUGGCUCUCCUGCGCUGGUUGCUGUUACGCAAAGGCGAGGUACAGACGGCCGUAUCCACUGCAGCGUAAAAUCUGCCAGCUGAUCCCCACCAGCCUUGCCUAUGCGCUGGAUAUAAGCCCCAUAGCCCACCGUCUGCUCGCCGUUUCUUGGGCCCAGGAGCCGUCCUCCCCUUUCCACGCCCUUCAGAUUGGCUGCUUCUUCCUGGCUGCCUUAUUUUUCUCCUACCCCAUUCCUGAGCGCUUCUUUCCAGGUCGCUGCGACUUUGUUGGCCAGGGUCACCAGAUCUUCCACCUGUUCCUGUCUUUGUGCACCUUAUUCCAGCUGGAGGCUCUGUUCCUGGACUACGCCAGGCGGCGGGACGCUGUGGUGGGCACGUUCGGAAAGAGGCAGCUGUGGUGGGCUUGCGUAUCAUUCCCAGCUCUCUUUAUGUGUUGCCUUCUCACAGCUUUUAUCUCCAUGAGACACAUGAACAAAAAACUUCAGAAAGCCGAGAAGAACAAGUGACAAAAAAACAAAAAAACAGGGCCGGCCUUAAUCAAAUUGAAGGACUUUUUUUUCAAUCCAUUGCCUACUUUAAUUUAUGUAUUUAACAGCCUGUGUCUUUAAAUGAUGUGAUUACUCUUAAUAUGAAAAAAAUAAAGCCAGUUUUAACUAAA